AUGUGCAGCGCAUCUGCCGCUGCGAUAUCAUCACCUUGCCCUCUAGCCGGUCCAGAUUUCCAAGCUCCUCAUUAUCCAUCGAAUACAACUUCCGUUCAAAGAGCAGUCCAAGUCUUCAAGCAAAGUGUUGCGACUGCACUUUCCAACAGUUCAAGCGUGUUUGCCCUCGAUCCGAACGGCACAACUUUCUCCUUCGAAGCAUGGUCUAUUCACGAAACAGCACCGAUAUACAACUUUCAUCACAAUGCUGAGCUUCUGGCAGCACCUGAAGAAGGGGUUGUGAAUGUCACGUCCGACACAACGUACCGGCUAGGAAGCUUGUCAAAACUGCUUACUGUUUAUACCUGGCUGGCAGCUGUGGGAGAUGAACACUGGUUUGAGCCCAUCACAAAUUUCAUUCCGGAGUUUGAAGCGUAUGAUGCUCAACGUUCCAGCUCCACAAAUCAUCUGGACCAAUUCAGAUGGAGCGAUAUCACAAUCGCUGCUCUGGCGAACCAGCUCUCCGGUAUCCAGAAAGAUCCAGCUCUGCCAAAAGCACUCUUUACACAGUUGACGCCGAUCCCGAACCUGCCAUCGCCAGUAGACCUUCCCAUCGACGCGCAAGGCCUCAACUGUACAACCUAUUCCUUCCUGCCAUGCACACGAACGACCUACCUCAACUCGGUCCUGGUUUCUCAUCCCGUCUAUGCGCCGGAAACACUACCUGUCUAUAGCGACAUGGCAUAUUCCUUGCUCGCGUUCGCUCUUGAAAACAUUACUGGAAGCUCUUUCAACGACAUAUUUGCCAACCACCUCAUCAAGCCACUCAACCUCACUUCGACAUAUACCGAGGCACCUACCGAUCUUUCUAACUCAAUCAUACCUAUCAACGACAGCGUCGCCGUGUUCACACCAUCACUAAGCUACCUACAGCCCGGUGGUGGCUUCUACUCCUCUCUGAACGACAUCAGCGCUAUUGGCCGUUCGAUGCUCUCCCACACCCUUCUCUCGCCUCGAUUGACCCGACAAUGGAUGAAACCAAGCAGCUUUCUACCUGAUGGCAAGUCAGCCGUAGGAGCACCGUGGGAGAUUUACCAGGCACUUGGUACGAACAAGACGACAUGGAUGUAUACAAAGUCUGGUGACUUGGGUGCUUACUCAACAUACCUCAUUCUCCUACCAGACUACGACGCAGGCUUCACCAUUCUCACAGCUGGCAUGAGAACUGCAUCAGUAAGCCGAAUUUUGGCAGAUAUCGCAGCUACUGCGUUCGUGCCUGCUUUUGAAAGUGCUGCCAGAGAAGAAGCGUCCACACGAUUUACCGGAGAAUUUGCAUUUUCUGGUCCUAAUGCCGCUGGCAACGGCACCGAUACUUUCGAGAUUGUCCUCAGCAUUGAUGAUGGUCCUGGUCUGCUCGUAGCUAACUACUCAAUCAAUGGUGUCGACAUGCGCACUGCUUUUGCCGCGCUGGCAAGGACGACUGCUAAUAACACUCAACUGCGGCUUUACCCAAGUGGCUUGACUGCGCCAGGAGAGCAGGGAACAGUGUUGCAGGGCUACAGAAUGAUCAGGUACAAUCCUAAUUCAAUGGCACCAACGCCUGACGGUGCGGUAUUCAGCUCGCCACGCUGCCAGGAAUGGUUCAAUAUUGGUGGCUAUACUAGCAGGAUGGGCUACGGUGCUCAGGGUGGUCUGGACGAGUUUGCGAUGGUCGUUGGUGAGGGCGGUGAAGGAGUGGCGCAGGGUCUGGUCGUCAAAACUUGGGACAAGGUACUGGCCAAGGUAGGCUAA